AACUGUUGUUAGAUGUAGAUGUCAGUAGCAAUGUUUCCUUGAAAAUGAAUGAAAUAACCUUUCUAGUAAUUUAGUCUCUGAAUUAAAUUGUUUUGAUUUUUGUUUUAAUUGUUUCUUUAGGUAAUUUUGAUUUCUCGAUUUAACAUUUGGACCCUGUGUUUUCCUGUUUUACCUUAGUUUAUAAUCAUGCCUUGUUGCGGCCCAAAAUUAUCUUUAUUCUGUACUCUGAUCAGCAUAUGGGGUGUUAUUAUGUUACCCAUUCUUGGUUUACUUCUUAAUUUCCAUUCAACUGCUUUUGCUGAAGAUUUUGCUGAAGUUGAAACUGGGAAAGAAUUUCAAUCAGCCGAUGAACUAUGGAAUGCCGUUAAAACUAAAUACGAAACUGCUGCUUUGAAUUGCUGGAUUGCGGCUGGAUGUUAUGGUGUUACUCUUCUGAUAUCAGUCCAUCAAUGUUAUUACAAUUUUAAACGUUCCUCCGUAUAAACUAUGAAUGAAUUAUUUAAAUUUUUUUGAACAAUCAACCUCAUCUGAAACAGUUCACCACAAAAUUUCAUCAAAUGCCUUAAUAUUUAUGUGAUAUUGGUUAUUGAAAAUUAUAUUAGUCAAGUGUAAUUAAAAUUUUUUGUCAAUUUUUUAAAUUUA